CUCUUUCAGGUCCUGUGAUACAGGUGUUGUUGCCGUCCUGUGACGGAUUUUUCCUCUCAGCAGUCGGGUGUAAGGAGGAGAGGAAGCAAAGAUGCCAAAACCGAUCAAUGUCCGUGUGACCACCAUGGAUGCAGAGCUGGAGUUUGCCAUCCAGCCGAACACUACAGGAAAACAGCUCUUUGAUCAGGUGGUGAAGACGGUGGGACUGCGGGAGGUUUGGUUCUUUGGCCUACAGUAUGUGGACAGUAAGGGCUACAUCACAUGGCUCAAACUCAAUAAGAAGGUGACCCAGCAGGAUGUUAAGAAAGAGAACCCUCUGCAGUUCAAGUUCAGAGCCAAGUUCUUCCCCGAGGAUGUCUCAGAGGAGCUAAUCCAAGAGAUCACCCAGAGACUCUUCUUCCUGCAGGUGAAGGAGGCCCUCCUAAACGAUGAGAACUACUGUCCCCCAGAGACAGCUGUGUUACUGGCAUCAUACGCUGUCCAGGCCAAGUAUGGGGACUACGGAAAAGAUGUGCACAAGCCUGGGUACCUCACCCAUGACAGACUGCUGCCUCAGAGAGUCCUGGAGCAGCACAAGCUGACCAAGGAGCAGUGGGAGGACAGGAUACAGACUUGGCAUGAAGAACACAGAGGAAUGCUCAGAGAGGACUCAAUGAUGGAGUAUCUUAAAAUCGCCCAGGACUUAGAGAUGUACGGAGUCAACUACUUUGAGAUCAAAAACAAGAAGGGAACACAGCUGUGGCUGGGUGUGGACGCCCUUGGCCUCAACAUCUAUGAACACGAAGACAAGUUGACACCAAAGAUUGGCUUCCCCUGGAGUGAGAUUCGAAACAUCUCUUUCAAUGACAAGAAGUUUGUCAUCAAACCUAUUGACAAGAAAGCACCUGACUUUGUGUUUUAUGCCCCAAGACUGCGCAUCAACAAGCGAAUCUUGGCGUUGUGUAUGGGUAACCAUGAGUUGUACAUGAGGAGGAGAAAGCCUGAUACUAUCGAGGUGCAGCAAAUGAAGGCUCAGGCCCGGGAGGAGAAGCACCAUAAACAGAUGGAGAGGGCCCAGCUGGAAAAUGAGAAGAAGAAGCGAGAGCAUGCGGAGAAAGAGAAGGAGAGGAUAGAGCGCGAGAAAGAAGAGCUCAUGGAGAGGCUGAGACAGAUUGAAGAACAGACAAUGCGAGCCCAGAAAGAGCUGGAGGAACAGACUCGCCGGGCCUUGGAGUUGGAGCAGGAGAGAAGGAGAGCGAGGGAGGAGGCAGAGAGGCUGGAGAGAGAAAGGAAAGCAGCUGAGGAGGCCAAGGCUGAGCUGGCAAAACAGGCCGAAGACCAGCAGAAGAACCAGGAACAGCUGGCUUCUGAACUGGCUGAAUUCACAGCAAAGAUAGUUCUCCUGGAAGAAGCCAAGAAAAAGAAAGAUGAGGAGGCCACAGAAUGGCAGUCUAAGGCUCUGUCAGCGCAGGAGGACCUAGAGAAGACCAAGGAGGAGCUGAAGACCGCGGUAACAGUGGUGCCAGCUCCUCCAGGCGGCAAUGCUGAGCAUGACGAGCAGGAUGAGAACCAUGCAGAAGCCAGCGCUGAGCUCUCCAAUGAUGGCGUCAGCCAGCUAGAUCUGCGCAGCGAGGAGGAACGCGUCACCGAAGCUCAGAAGAAUGAGCGGGUGAAGAAACAGCUGCAGACGUUAAGUUCAGAGUUGGCGGAGGCCAGAGAUGAAACCAAGAAGACACAGAAUGAUGUCCUACACGCCGAGAACGUGAAAGCAGGCCGAGACAAAUACAAAACGCUGCGUCAGAUCCGACAGGGCAACACGAAGCAGCGCAUCGAUGAGUUUGAGUCCAUGUGAGAACAGGACCUCUGUCGCAGUCUUGUUCCUGAACUUUCCCCUCAACGGCUGCUCGCUUUUCAUGGACAACAGAUGCUACCGUGCUCGAGUCCUCCUCAACACCUUCAUUCCCAAACCAGGCAAUCUUGAGAAUUCAUCUCAUCAAACUUUGCCAAAGUCCUGUCCCACAUCUCCGCUCGGAAACUUACAGGUAUUUCCCUGAGAUGGAGCUGCCUACACGCCACUCUGAACAAGCAAACUAUCAUCCUACUAAUUUAUAAUCUGUAAAUUCAGGAGGAAAGAAAAACUAUUCAACUAAAAUGGAAGCAAUUGGAUUGUUUUAUUUUGAGCAAGCAUGGCCAUAGAAAGCUACUUUUGUUGUUUUUUUCUGUUUGUAUUUGCUUGACCACUUGUAUGCAAAGCCUUUAGUAUGAUUCCAUGUCUUCAGUUAAAAAUUACCUUUUCUUUCCUUGUUUUUAAGUUCUUCUCUUCUGCUUUUGUUUGACUCGUUUUAUUGAUAACGCCCUUCUUUUUAGUUGUCUGUUAUACACAAUGAGGUUGGGUUUAGUCCCAGGCUAUGAAUAAGGACUGGAGUUUCGGGAUAAAAAUUAGGUUGUUAUGUUUCUUCAGUGUCAAAGUUCUGCUAUGUUACAUCAUGUCAACAUAUCAUACAGUAGAUAUGCUAGCCAUUACUCUAUUUAAUCAAUUCCAACCAUAGGUUUAUAUAAAAAUUACACUGCAGUAUUUUAAUAGUUUUAUUUCAGGCGGAAAAUCAAGAAUAUGAAUAUUUUCAGAUUUUGAAGAAAGUGAAUUGACCCCUAUAGGGAAAAGAGCCACCCAUCUUGUCUCACGGCAGGUUUUGAUGAUCGAAUGUAGCAAAGGUAACAAAGGGAAAGUGUUUUUUACAUGCAGAGGUGAUAGAAUAGCAUGUUAAUGAGCUUUUGCCACUGAGCGAUCGCCCUCGAGCUUGAAAGUGUUAUGAAGAUAAGCUAAUUUUGUGUGUGUGUGUUUUCCAGUUGCAUCCCAGUGUUUCACACCCAGUCACUAUAGAUGGUUUUCUCUGCCUACCAGCUCACAGAGGAAUCCAGGGUAUUAAAUCGACAGACAGAAGAACAGAUAGAUGAGUAAUGAGUCCAGCCUGUUUCUCUGUCUGUCCAACAGUAUGAGUGUGUGUGUGUGUCUGUGUGUGUGUGCAUGCGAGAGAGAGUGAGAGCAUGUGUACAGAUGUGGAAGCUGGCAACUCUCUGGCCGGGGAGCUUAUGAAAACAUCAGUCCCAACCCGGGACAAAUCUCUACCUCAGUAAUGUUAGCAGUGGUGACUGACAGUCAAACACUCAGGGUGCCCCCCCCCCUUUCCAAAAUAAAAAAAUACGGUCAUGCUUUUAUUGGGUUGCUGUUACAUCCUUGGGCGUUGCUCCUGCGCAGGCUAUGUUUUGCCAGAGCUCAGUUGUUUUGUGGCUGUUUUGUUGGGAAGGAUAUCAAGAGAAAACAUACCUACUAAAGUGAGAUCUAGGUUGAAAGGUGUUAAUUCCUACAUUUGAAGCUAGUGGUUUUCCCUGCUCCCGGCCUUGCUCAGAUACUUUGAGUCAUUCAAUAAAAAUCCCAAACAAUGAGGAAGAUGAAUUUAAAUAAUGCUGCAAACAUGAGAAUGUUUACUGUGUGUGUGUGUGUAUACAGGCCAUUUUCAGAAGAAGCUGGGUCACUCUGAUUCUCUGAGGGGGUCCUUGUGAAACGUUUGGGUUCCUAGGAGCCAUGAGUUGUUGAUGGUGACAGACCUCUUUAAAUAAUAAGGCUUUCUUGUAAAACAGCCUUCAAAGUCUAACCAGAACUUGUCUCCUCUGUUACAAUUUUACUUUAAGGAGACAGUUUGCAGACCUGCCACGGCUUCCUGGGAUUGAGAAACUUGUGAAUUAAUAAAGAGAUGAGUUAUUUGUAAUGUGAAGGGACCCCGCUAUAGUGAAAAGUGCAAAUCUCUCCAGAGUCAAAUGGAGAAUUGGCCAAUUCCCCUAAAAUCUUUUUUUUUAAACUCAUUUAAAAAACAUCCUUUAUGCUCAGACAACAAAUCCACUCCACCUUUUUGUAGGGUGGAAAACAUGUCCCAGGGUGCAUUUUUGAAAUGAGUAAACCUUUUUUUUUUCUUAAAUUAACAAUAUGAUGAAAAAUGUUUAUUGUAUUUGUUAUGCUUUACAUGACAGCUGGUAUACGUUUUUUUAUUUUUAUAUAGUUUUAAAGUUAAAGCACUUGUAUGAAACAAGACACUGAACGCCUGCCUUUUUGAGUUUAACUUCAGUGUCCAUUGCUAGUGUUGUGUUUGCCAUAGCAGGUGAAAAAAAUGACCCUGUGCUUCCAGCUCAUAUUAUUGUAUUGUGUUCAAAGACCCUAAACCAGCAGCACGCAUCACUAUACUGGACCGCUUCAUUGGAGGGGAAAACUCUUCUUGACACGUCCACACACCCCCACGUUCAAGCUGCAAGGCUUCAGUUAGAUUCGGUUUUUCUUCCCAGCAGAAUGUUUUUGGCCUGCCUGUCCCCUCCAAUGAAGCCAGCGUCUGUGAUGAUGCCUGCUCUGGCACCAGCUGUCACGUUUUGCUGUUUCUUCUGUUUCGUCGUUUUCCUAAUGUUCAUGUUAGUAUUCUUUAAGAUAGAAGGCACAGAUGGAUUGCAGUCCAUUUCAUUGGUUCACAAAUAAAAGUUU